CUGUUAUCUGUGGUUUAUGAUUAAAACGUCAGAUGAAGAAAGGAAAAAGUGCGAAUUUGCGAAUAAACAUGUAAAUUUUGUUAUUUUUUUCAUAAAUGUUUCAAAAAUAUAUGACAAAGGCUAUGUUCAUUAUUAAUUUGCUUGAAGUUCCCCUAAAAUGUGAUCUUCAACAUCAGUGAUAUAAAUUUUUCGUUGUUAUGUUUGGAUCAAAUUGAAAAUCAUGUCUUUGAAGAAACCUCAGGAAUCAGGAAGUUACAUGGACGAUGUUAAAGUUAAAAUUGCAGAGGAAUAUAAGCCACCGCCUAAAAUAAAUAUACCAAUGACCCACAAUCAAAGACUGAUAUUCAAUAAACAUAUUCAAAAUAAUUUACCUAAUUACGAUUUUUCUAUGGAACGUAAUAUACUGAAAAAAAUCAAGGAAUGGAAAAGUGAUAGAUUAACUAAUGAAGAACAAAGGCUAAGGAGAUUGCAAUGUUUGAAAGAAAAAGAGGAGUCUGAUGAAAAAGAAUGUAAAGAAGAUGAGGAAGAAACUGUUGAAAUGAAUGUUCCUACUUCUCAUGAAAUAGAGGUCUCGUCUAUUGGUCCAAGUUGUACCACAUCCUACUCCAAUGGAAUGUUAAUGCCUACUAAGGCUGUAAAUUACUAUUCCAAUGUGCUUCAACCAAUUCCUCUAUCUUUUGAUUCCAAUCAACAGAAAUCUUAUGCUAGUAGUUCAGGCAUCAAAAGUCCUUUCAAUUUUUCCGAAUUUGAAGCAGAUACAUCUAGCCCAUUUGAUAAUGUGGCAUUAAAAUCCAUCAAUGAUGUAGAAGAAUUGGCAAAAGUUUUGAAAAUUGAGGAUGAUACUCCAAAAUCUAGCACACCAUCUUAUUCCAACUAUCACAUAAAUAAUAUUCAGAAUUAUCCGAAUUAUUCUAGUAUUUCAAGCUAUCCAAGUUCUGUUUCCUGUAUAACUCAAAACUCAAUGACAGGGUUAAAUGGGUAUUAUAAUACUUGUGAUAUGAAUGCUAUGAGGUCUUUCACUUCAAAUUAUCAAUGUUCCCCUCCUUCUGUUAACUAUGCAACUACUUACAACUCCAAUCAUAUUACUCCAAGAGAAAAAACAAAUGGAGAAAAUUCAAGACUAUCAAUGAACAAUACGAGUUCUAAAAUCAAACCUAGUCCCGAGUCUAUUGCAAAGAAGAGUGAUAGUAUCCCUACUAAAAAUGUCUCGAAUUUGAUUGAUCCAUUUAAUGAGCUGCCAAAACACUUACAAGAAUUUUCUAGAAAUAUUAGUUCUAUGGGUUUUCCUCUUCCUAGAGUUGCCAGAACAUGUAAAGUAUUAGGCAAUGAUAAUAAGAAGGUGGUGGAUCAUCUUUUAGCAAUGUCCGAACUUCUAGAUCUUGGAUUUGCAGAGGACCAAAUAUCUGAAGCACUCUUGCAAAGUGAUAAUGAUAGGGAUAAAGCUUUAGAUAAGCUUGUUUCUUAGCAGCAUUUGUUUUUUACUAUUUUAAAAUUAUCAUGUAAAGGUACAUAUAUAAAUCUCAAUUUAUUUGUAUGAACUUAAUGUAGAUAAAGAUAUUUUCAAUUGCCCAUUUUGAAAGAUUAAAAGAAACAACAGAACUCAA